GCACCAAACAAACCACAGCGUAGAGGCGUAGAUCUAGAUCUAGAUUAUUUAUGCUACAGUCUAGAGUUUAAGUUUAGAGUAGAGCCUUACCAGGCCAGCUCAGAGUUUAGAUUAUAGACUAAGUCUUAAAACACUUUAUAUAAGUAGCGCUAGAUUAGACUUUCAGAUUCCCUAAAGAAAAGAAAAUCAACUCCAAAACAUUAACCAUAAUUAUGAAAACAACACAAGUUUCACAAGUACAAGAGAUUAACAUAGCACCAAAAAGCCCUUGGGGUAAAUUGGCAUCAACUCCAGUUCCAUGUUCUCUUGAAGAUGUUAUGAGUGAACAACUUGCAUUGGAAAUAGACACUAAACAGUUAAAUGAAGCCAUUAUAGCUGAACAGCUUAUGUUUGGCAAUGCUGCUAACACUACUAACAGUGAAAAUCUAGCAAGCAAUGUAGCUCCUGUUUUAACUGAUGAAGAGCUGGCAGCCAAAUUGGCAGCAGAAGAGAUUGGGGAAAAUCCAAAUGAUGAACUCAUAGCUCGGUACCUACAGAUGGAAUUUGACAAGGAAUAUGAUGCCAUGAUUGACAAAGUGGAAAAGAAACAUAAUGGUUCAAGCAAAGUUUCUCUGUCAUUUGAAAAUUAUAAAAUGAAACAUCAGCGCCAGGAGAAAAGUAAUGUGGAAGAAGAGGAGGACGAUUAUGAUGAAGAAUUCCCAGAAUUUCCUGCUCCAACAAAUUGGGAAUCGCCAAAACCUUCCAUUGGUGGAAAAGGCUACGCUGGCCAGGGUAGAAAUAUUGUGACAAAGCAUGACAGCGAGCUUUGUGGCAGACGCAAUGCUGAGCGCUUGAUGGAUUUCCCUCCCGAGUUUGAAUGUGGAGAUGGAGAAGGAAUGGACAUGAGGCUACCAAAUCAUGUCUACAACAAACUCAAGACCCUCUCUGUAGUGGAAAACAAGAAAGGACAAAGGGUUCAUGAAAAGAAAGACCAUUCUACUGCUAUGAAAGCAGUAGAUGAAAGGACUAGGCUGCUGAUGUACAAGAUGGUCAACUCAGGCUAUCUGGCAUCUAUUGAUGGUAUAACCAGUGAAGGAAAGGAGGCAAUGGUUUUUAAGUCAUCUGGAGGAAUGAAAGAUGAUGAAGAACUCCCCAAGCAUAUCAUCCUCAAAGUGUUUAAAACCACAAUGAAUGAGUUCCGCACCAGAGCCAAGUAUGUCCACGGGGACCACAGACUGUCAAAAGAUAUUUACAAGAAGCAAAAUCCACGCAAGAUCAUUAAACUGUGGGCUGAAAAAGAGUAUCUAAAUUUAAAAAGAAUGCGCAGACAGAAUAUUCCUUGUCCUACACCUCUGUCUCUUAAAAAGCAUGUGCUGGCUAUGACUUGCAUUGGAGGUGAAAUCCCAGCACCAAAACUGAAAGAGGUGAAACUAAAUUCAGAGGAAUUGCAGUCAGCCUAUGAUCAAACAUUGCAGUUGGUCAAGGACCUGUACCAUAAGUGUGGCUUGGUCCAUGCAGAUCUGAGUGAGUACAAUUUAUUAUGGCAUGAAGGACAGGUCUGGGCGCUGGAUGUCAGCCAAUCUGUGGAGAAAGAGAACCCAAACUCACAUGAUUUUCUACUGCGAGACUGCCAUAAUGUUUGUGAUUUUUUCAAACAGUCUGGUGUUCCAGAUGUCAAAUCAGCUGAAGAUCUAUUUAUGGAAAUAACAAGCUACAGUCUCCAAGGAACAGGGAAAGAAUUUGCUGCUCAGGUGGAGAAGUAUAACAAAGCAGAAUAUGCAGAGUAUCCAUUUGAUUACUACUUUGACCAAGCCGAGGAAUUAAGAAAAGAGGCAGAGUUCGAUGAUGCUGAUGAGAGCAGCAGUGAGAGUGAUACAGAAGAGCCAAAUGAGAUUCCAGCAGCAGCAAAUGAAAACACCAGUUUUGAUAUGUCAACCACACAAUCCCAUAGUCCAGAAAGCCUCUGUUCUGUAGAUGGUUCAUGAUUGGUUGUAUCUGACUCUAUAUAUAGAAGUGUACAUUGUGUUUUAGAAACUAUGAUGAUGUGAAAUCUUUUAGAAAUAAAGGAAUCUGCCUUAAAAAAAUA